CAGUCCUCUGUUAUUUAUAUUCUAAUAAGAUAAACAGUAGCUUAACAAUGAACAGUGACAGCUUGAAAAAGAAAACAUUUCGAUAAAGUCGACCUGGUUGUAUCUUUCCGUCAUCUUCAACUAAGAUUGUCGAGUUGAUGUCUCUAGUUAAGAUAGAUGGCACAAAAACGUUUGAAUCCAGCAAACGAAAUGCAGAUUACAAGACAACAAAUUGACGAGGGAAUAAAUUUAAGAGUGUCUUGUCUUAACAUGGGAGACAAUUUGAAGUCGUGUUCUGACAAAGAGAUCAUAGGAGUUUUACAAAAAUCGUACGUCUUUCAUGAGGGCAAUAGAACCAACGAGAAAUGUAAGAGAUAUAUCAAAAGGCCUUCAAAGACAUUCUAAAUUCUUAGUUCUUGUAGCAAAAGAAUGUGAUGAUGAAACUUUCAAAGCCUACACUUUUUACAGCAAAGUAAACACUGAACGCUUUUACAAGAUAGUUAAAAGAGCGUUUCAGCUCGCAAAUGACGAUCUUGGCGAGAAAUACUCGACGGGCAAGUUGUCAGACUGUUUUAGUUGUGCCUUUAUGAACCGACCUGAUGAAACCCACUGUAAUCUUCUCGAGAAAGGACAAGAAACACGAUCUGACAAUGUAAACGAUAAUGACAUAAGUCAUCCUAAAACUAAACAUAUUUUAAGUACAAUUGCAGAAGAUGAAUUUAAGUGCUCAUUUCAAUCUGAUGAUGAAACCUGUUUACUUCAUCCGAAUAGAAGUCUUACUUGUUACUUUAAGAAGGGAAGAAAUAACAAACAAAAUUAUUGUUGAUAACAAAACAUGUGAGAAAGAAUUUUUAAGUAGCUACGUAAGAAUUAAGCUAUUUUAAAAUAACACAAAGAAUGUGCAAAGAGGACAGCAAAGAUACAAUUAUGGAUAUUUUUCUACUUAGUUAAAACUGAAAAUUGUUCGCCAUCGCCUUCAAUUAUCAGAAAGCGCGCACCAUGCUUUGAAAGACGUAGUGACGUACAUUGCAAAAAAGUGUAUCAUGAAAAUUGCAUCGCACGCUUUAAAAUCAUUAAGUAAGAAGUAGAAAUGAUUUCAUCAAUUCAUACCCUAAAACAUUUAGCACUUGAUAAAGUUUUCACUGCACGCAAUGUAGCCUUGUUUGGUUACGAUAAAUUGUAAGAUCAGGCAAUUUUGAAUUUUGAUUGUCCCUACAGUGAUUGUCGUGUGCUUUUAUCCUCGCGUUUUUCUGAGAAAAAGAACGAAGGGCGAAGGCAACAAAUUUUGUUAAUAUUGCCUCAUUUUACAAAAAUUGAGUGCAACAGUCUCGGGUUGAUAUUACUUAUUGGAUAUGUUAUUGUUUUUGGUUUUCAGUACAAAAAAUGUGAUAUGCAAGUUUAAAAAGCAAUUAUAUUGCUUAUGGAACAAAAAAUCACUUCUAAAUUCUAGUCAUGUGAAAUUAAUUUAAUCAAAAUUAAUAUAUACUUCAACAGUU